AUGGGAAGUGAUGAUAUAAUAGCUGGGAAUGUGAGCAAAUACACCGUUCUCCCAGCCGGGUACUGUGGACAGCCUAAAAAGGGGCACCUGACAUUUGACGCCUGUUUCGAGAGCGGUAACCUUGGACGGGUGGACCACAUCACAGAGUUUGAGUAUGACCUCUUCAUUAGACCAGAUACUUGUAACCCACGCUUUCGAGUUUGGUUCAACUUCACUGUUGAAAAUGUAAAAGAAUCCCAGAGGGUGAUAUUCAACGUUGUCAACUUCAGUAAAACGAAAAGCCUCUAUCGAGAUGGAAUGGCUCCAAUGGUGAAAUCCACAAGUAGACCAAAAUGGGUAAGAUCUUUAAAUGCAGUCAGCAUCAAGGUUCAGUUCAGUGUUCCUGAUGUAAAUGGAGUAUAUCACUGUCAUCAAAGCACUCGAUGUGGACACAGAUGUUCUGGUGUUGACAUAUUCUUCUCUUUUGAAGGAGCUGCUAAUAAUGUCUGUGGAGCUUCAGAAAUACUUCUCCCGGUGUCGGUGUUGGCUGCUGCAGUUUCUCUGGGGGCAGACCUGGCUGCUCAGAGUGCAGCUCCUUGGAGGCUCAUGCUGGGACUGGGUCAGGAAUUGACCCAGAUGUACAAGGAUAACUGGCUGUCGGAUGUUUGGGGCAAGUCUAGCUCGUUCGUUUGGCUGUGCAAGUGCCAGCUGCCAUUGCCUGUCUCUGCAAACCCUGUGCGCCGCCUUCGCAUUUUUACCACCCCUGCGGAAGGGGCGCUGGGAAGGCCUGGCCGGGGCGGCCAUGGCCGGUGCCUUCCUCUCCCUGCCCCGCGCGGCGGCGGCCGGCAGCGCCCCCGGCUGUCGGGGCCCGGGGUUGGCGAGUGCGUCACGGCGCCUCAGGGAGUCGCCGCGCCCGCGGCCCUGGGAUCCUGCAGCUAUAAGGGGAUAGCAGUGUCAUAA